GGGAGCGCGUGUCCGCCGCCGGUGACGUCAUCACGCCGGCCGCUCACUGACACCGCAAGGAAAACAAUCCGAGGCCAUUUUGGCUUGUGGAGCAGCUCCAGUCCUGUCCUGUCCUUGUAGUCAUGGGCGAAGUCCUGGAAGGGAGCAGCAGCAGGGGACCGAAUGUUCUCGGAGCUCAUUGAUACCAGGAUGACUAGCAGAUCCACCUGAUACUGAUGUGAACAAAAGAGAAAGGAACCCCGGGGGCAUCAUGCCGACAGCCUCAGCUAAACCCAAGGAGCUGUAUCUUUCCACCUCCCUCUCGGAGCUUAAUAAGAAAGCUGAAGUUAAGGCGGAUACAUGCAGCACCAAAAGCUACGUCACCACUGCCUGCAAGAUCUUUCAGAAAGCAGAGGAAUGCAGACUGGACAGAGAUGAAGAAAAAGCUUACGUCCUUUAUAUGAAAUUUUUAUUUGUAUUUGAUAUCGUUAAAAAAAGGCCGGAUUACAAGCAAAACCAGGACUACUUCAAGUCAUUACUUGGCCCGACUACCAUCCUAAAAUCCAUUGAGGAAGCAGAAAUACUUUCAAAAAGUCUUAAAAACAGGUAUGAGGAAGCUGAAGUUAUAAAGAGGCUUGAAGAAAGAGACAAGGAAGAACAGAAGAGAAAAGAGGGACAGACUCUACCCAAGGAAGUUCCUGAACAAACUGAUAAUAUAAAUGGUGAUAAAAAAGAGCUGUUUCCUAAGACUGAAGUCUCUUCCAAUGUGCCUAAUGGAUCUAUAACUUCAGAAAAACUGUUUGCAAUGAUGAAAGACCCAGAUAUUAAUGUAGUUAUAAUGGAUGCACGGAAAGUAAAGGAUUUUGAGGAAUCUCAUAUUAAGGUUUCCAUAAAUGUUCCUGAGGAGGCCAUAACUCCUGGAUUUACAGCAACAAAAAUUGAGAGUGGUCUACCAGAAGCAUCAAAGCAUUUAUGGAACACCCGUAGUCAUGCAGAUUAUAUUAUUUUGCUGGACUGGUUUAGUUCCAUUAAUGACUUAAAACUUGGAACAACACUUCAGAGCUUAAAAGAUGCUCUUUUUAAGUGGGAAACUAAGGCUAUCCUGAAAAGUGAACCUUUAGUAUUGGAGGGUGGCUAUGAAAAUUGGCUUUUUUGCUAUCCAAUGUACACCACAAAUGGAAAAGUAUCUGUGCCUAGAAGAAACAAAGAUGAAAACACAGUCUUGUCAUUGAAUUUCAGCUAUCCCUCUCUGGAAGAGCCACCAGCUCCUCCACCAGCUGUUCAGGUGGUUAAACCUUCUCCAGUGAACACACCAGAUGUACAAGAUGGAGAAAGAAAAGUAAUUAAAGCAGAAAUAAUAGAAGAACCUGUCAAUAUCACCAAGACAGAGCCAGCAGCCCCAGCCCCGAUGCAGCCAUCAGAGCCAACCAAACUUAUUCCACAGAUUGAUCGCACUAAGAAGCCAGCUGUUUUAAUUGGCGACAAUCCAAAAAAAAAGAAAAAUGAUGUGGAAGACAAUAAUACACCACAAAAUGGUAAAUUUAUUCCUGAUCGUUCUACAAAACCGUCGUUAGACACCAAACCCUCCAAAGUAGAAAUCCAUUCUUCAUCGGAAAAAAACACACCAGAAAAAUAUCAAGAUCAAAAGGAGAGCAUAGACAAGGAAGAAGUCAGAGAUACUAACACUCAAGGAGAAAAAGAAAUAAAUUGUGUCGACAUCAAAGAAUCUGAAUCUGGAACUCCUCAGAAGAAACAAGACCCAGAAAAAAAAGUUGUAAUUGAUAAAGAAAAUAAGGAAAUUAAAAAAGCGGUCUCCGAGAAAAACGAGCGGAAAAAAGAAGUGACUCUGUCUGCUGUUCCUAAGAAGCAAGAAGUGAAUAAAGAACCUCAAGACGAAAAAGCAGGUGGAGUUACAAAAGAGGUUGUUGAAGAGGAUAGACCCAGAAGAGAUCCAUUGAUACGAGCUCGAAGUGAAGAGAUGGGUAGAACAGUUCCAGGAAUGCCUGAAGGCUGGGUUAAGUUUCUCGAGCCUAUAACUGGUACUUACCGCUAUUACCAUUCACCGACUCACACGGUUCACAUGUAUCCACCUGAAAUGGCUGCGUCAUCUACUCAUUCUGUGACUCCAGUUCAGAAAGUCAGGCCUAAUGCACAUUCAGACAUAGACAAGGAGCAAACAAAGUUGAAGAGAUCAUAUUCUUCACCAGAUUUAACCCAAGCUAUUAAAGAGGAGGGGAAAAAGAAACCAACACCGGUUAUCAACCGCGAAACUAAACCUACAGCCCAUGCUAAAACCGAGAUCACAGCGUUGCCUGCAUUUAAGAUUCGUAGCCUCAAUCCCGUCUUUGGAGGAGCAUGCCCAGGUCUAACUGGUUUGAGGAAUCUUGGCAAUACUUGUUACAUGAAUUCUAUCCUACAGUGUCUCUGUAACACUCCUCACUUGACGGAGUACUUCCAUAAUAAUUAUUAUCAAGCAGAUAUUAACCGAUCUAAUCUGCUGGGCCAUAAAGGAGAAGUGGCUGAGGAAUUUGGCACUAUAAUGAAGGCUGUAUGGACAGGUCAAUAUAAAUACAUAAGCCCUAAAGACUUCAAGGUAACAAUUGGGAAAAUCCACGACCAGUUUGCUGGGUACACCCAACAGGACUCCCAAGAGCUGCUGCUGUUCGUAAUGGAUGGACUCCAUGAGGAUCUCAAUAAGGCUGAUAACAGGAAAAGACAUAGAGAAGAAAACAAUGACCAUUUAAAUGAUUCUCAGGCUGCAGACAUGGCGUGGAUGAAACACAAGCAACUCAAUGAAUCCAUUAUAGUGGCACUUUUUCAAGGACAGUUCAAGUCAACUGUGCAGUGUCUUACUUGCCACAAAAAAUCUCGCACAUUUGAAGCUUUCAUGUAUUUGUCUCUACCACUUCCAUCGUCAAGCAAGUGUUCUCUUCAGGAUUGCCUUAAGUCUUUUUCCAAGGAAGAGAAGCUCACGGAUAAUAAUAGAUUUUUUUGCAGCAACUGUAAAACUAGAAGAGAUUCUAUUAAGAAAAUAGAAAUUUGGAAACUCCCACCAGUUCUUCUUGUGCACUUAAAACGAUUUUCUUAUGAAGGACGCUGGAAGCAAAAGCUUCAAACAUUCGUGGAUUUUCCUUUGGAACACCUUGACUUGUCACAGUAUGUGAUAGGACCCAAGACGUUUAAGAAGUACAGUUUAUAUGGUGUAUCUAAUCACUAUGGUGGAUUGGAUGGUGGGCAUUACACUGCUUACUGCAAGAAUGCCUUGCGACAGAGGUGGUAUAAGUUUGAUGACCAUGAAGUGUCAGAAAUAUCAGUAUCAUCUGUGAAGUCCUCGGCGGCAUAUAUCCUCUUUUAUACUUCAAUGGAUCUUCGAGGAGCAGAAAUUGCGACAUAAGAGUUUGUCCAGAAAUUAAUCUCUGGAAUACUAAUUGAAAAUGUCUACGCAAAUGAAGUAGAUGGUUCUACAUAGUCUUGAUUUUAAAUGAAAAGGUGCGGUAUCACUCAGUUCAGCACCAGUGAGGUAUCAAAAAUCGAGUGAUGGAACUAUCCUUUUUCUGCUCUGAUAUUGUGGUAUUGCAAUAGAGGUAAGGGGCACUAGAAGAUUGGAGAAAGUGCAGCCACAUUUUUAAUAUCAUACAGCUCUUAGAGUCGUUGCUUGUACUGACUA